CGGUAUAUGUACGGUUAUACGAAAUACUGUUUGGUUUUGGUGUGCAAAACUACCGGGAGUCGAAAUUUACGUCACCAGGAGUACCAGUUGUCAACUAGUGCACAGUUUUGCCGCACUUCUAACGUGUAGUUGUUCUACUAGUAUGCCUCGUGUCUUAGUGAGCACAAAGAGCUUACUAGUACGCGAACCUUUAGAUGGAUACUCUGGAUACCCAUUUGAUCAUUUGUAUACGGACUAGUAGGACGACCAGACUGCAAAAGUGUCUCCACUAUUGCCUAUCCACGACUUAACUCUUCUUCACACUGCUAUUAAUAUCUGGUCCACAUUCUCUCAUCUGGACUGUCAACGUUAAACACGAGCAAGCAUGAGCAGCUUGGACGAAGGCUCCAGCGAUUUAGCACACACUCUCGAGCUGUCCAAGCAGCCACUUCAAGGACUGAAAUUGGCAUCGCACACCGUGCUGGAGAAAGCGCAACAGAGGGGCAGGUCGAAAUGUGUUAAAUGCGGAGGAUCAAGGAUGUUCUUCUGCUACACAUGCUGCUUAUUAGUGGACGUCAGUCUGCAAGAAAUCCCCAUCGUCAAGCUUCCAGUAAAGAUAGACAUCAUCAAACAUCCCAAUGAGACCGAUGGCAAGAGCACUGCAGUUCAUGCGAAAAUCCUAGCGCCCAGUGACAUCACCAUUUACAUGUACCCUAGCAUUCCCGAGUAUGAUCAAGACAAGGUUGUGUUGGUGUUCCCUGGUCCAGGCGCUGUCACAGUACAAGACAUGAUACAGUGUUUGCAUGAGAGGACUGACAGCAGGUCACGUGGCCCCUGGGUAAAGAGACGGAAAAUAGAGAACUCGCCAGCUGCCACACAUUCUACAGAGAAUCCGGGGUCAGGGACCUCAGAUGAAAUAAAGGACUGCGAAUCCAGGGUGUAUCCCCUCCAGAGGGUGGUCUUCAUUGACAGCACAUGGAACCAAACCAACAAAAUCAGCACAGAUGAGAGACUACAAGACCUGCUCCAGGUUGAGCUGAGGACUAGGAAAACGUGCUUCUGGCGCUCUCAGAAGGGAAAACCAGAGACUUACCUGGCAACAAUCGAAGCCAUUUAUUAUUUCCUCAAGGACUUCCAUGAGCAGUGUCUCACUCAAGAGUACAGCGGAGAGUAUGACAACCUCCUCUUCUUCUACUCUUACCUGCACACAGUCGUCAACAAGUCGAAGGAGGCUGGAAGGAAGCAAGCCCAGGAGAGAAAAAAACAGCAGGAGACUGAAAAGCGGCUGUAAAUCCAAAUAGAGUCCAAU